ACCCGGGUUGGGCCUCCAUCAACCGCGGUGUGCUCAUCUGCGACGAGUGCUGCAGCGUGCACCGCAGCCUGGGCCGCCACAUCUCCAUCGUCAAGCACCUGCGGCACAGCCCCUGGCCCGCCACGCUGCUGCAGAUGGUGCACACCUUGGCCAGCAAUGGGGCCAACUCCAUCUGGGAGCACUCGCUGCUGGACCCGGCGCAGGUGCAGAGCGGGCGCAGGAAGGCGAACCCCCAGGACAAAGUGCACCCCACCAAGUCGGAGUUCAUCCGCGCCAAGUACCAGAUGCUGGCCUUCGUGCACAAGCUGCCGUGCCGGGACGAUGAUGGCGUCACCGCCAAGGACCUCAGCAAGCAAUUGCACUCCAGCGUGCGGACAGGCAACCUGGAGACGUGCCUGCGCCUGCUCUCGCUGGGUGCUCAGGCCAACUUCUUCCACCCGGAGAAGGGCACCACGCCGCUGCACGUGGCUGCCAAGGCCGGGCAGAUCCUGCAGGCAGAGCUGCUGGUGGUGUACGGCGCUGACCCCGGUGCGCCCGACGUCAAUGGGAGGACGCCCAUCGACUACGCCAGGCAGGCGGCUCAGCACGAGCUGGCGGAGCGGCUGGUGGAGUGCCAGUAUGAGCUGACCGACCGGCUGGCCUUCUACCUGUGCGGCAGGAAGCCGGACCACAAGAACGGGCACUACAUCAUCCCACAGAUGGCAGACAGCCUGGACCUGUCCGAGCUGGCCAAGGCGGCCAAGAAGAAGCUGCAAGCGCUCAGCAACCGCCUGUUUGAGGAGCUGGCCAUGGACGUGUACGACGAGGUGGAUCGGCGCGAGAACGACGCGGGUGAGCGGGGCUGGGGGCGGCUGCUGGGUGUCCGUCCCCCCCCCCCCCGGCUGG